AUGGCAGACCCGUCCAACACGACCGACGAUCUCUUUGCCGGCAUGAAGAAGAAGAAAAAGUCCUCCAAGAAGGUCAACUUUGACGAGCUCGAACUCGAUGCCCCCACCGCUUCGGCAGCUCCCGCCGAAGAGCCUGCUGCCGCUGCUGUCCCCUCCCCCGUCGUCGACAACGAACCGACACCGGGCCCCGCUGCAGACGUCGCCGAUGCGGGCGAGCUCGACUUCUCCGACCUUAAGAAGAAGAAGAAGAAGAAGUCGGUGCGAAUCGCCUCGGACGACGAGGACGACGCCCCCACCGCCUCGGGCCCGACCGCUCGCAAGGUCGACGCUCUCGGCAACGAGAUCAUCGAGGAACCCACCGCCGAGGAAGACGCCGCCACGUCGUCGUCGGCUGUCUCGGGCGGCGACGGGCUGGACGAGUUUGCGGAUUUGAAGAAGAAGAAGAAGAAGGGCACCAAGAAGGCCAACUUUGACCUCGAGGCGUUCGAGAAGGAGCUGGCCGAGACUGAGGCCGCAGAGGAAGUCGCGCCCGCACCCAAAAAAUCGAUCCUCAAGGACUCGAGCAAGACGUCGACGCCGUUGGGCAGCGACGGCGAGGAGAUCGACGGUGACGACGACGACGAUGAGCCCGUACCGGAAGGUGACGACCCGUUCGGCGCCGGAGAGGGGGGAGACGAUGCGCCCCAGUCCAAGGCCGAAGCCGCGGCCGUUGCAAAGGCAUGGCUCAAGGAGGAUCGUGACUACACCUACACCGAGGUGAGGGCUAUUCCGAAUGCGGAUCUGCCUUUGGUGUUCGCGUGCACUGACUGAAGCUUGUGCCUGACCCAUCUUUACCCACCGCCAGCUCCUCGGUCGAUUCUACCAACUGCUGUACGCCUCACACCCUUCGCUGUCGGGAGCGGCGGGCAAGAAAAAGUACACGAUCCCGCCGCCGCAACUGUUCCGAGAAGGCAACAAGCGAUCCAUCUUUGCCAACGUCGCCGACAUUUGCAAGCGCAUGCACCGUCAGCCCGAGCACGUGAUCCAGUUCCUGUUUGCCGAAUUGGGUACGAACGGUUCCGUCGACGGUGCAGGGCGAUUGGUCAUCAAAGGACGCUUCCAGCAGAGUGAGUGCUUUCUCUGGAUGCGCUGGUAAGUUCGCAAGAAUGAUGACUCGUACUCAUUCAUACCUUUUUUUGUUCGCUCGGCGCACAGAGCAAAUCGAGAAUGUCCUGCGUCGGUACAUCCUCGAAUACGUGACGUGCAAGACAUGCAAGUCGCCCGACACGGUCUUGACCAAGCGCGAACGACUCUUCUUCAUCAAGUGCGAGUCGUGUAACUCGGAACGAUCGGUGCAGUCCAUCAAGACCGGUUUCGUCGCGCAGACCGGAAAGCAGCGACGAGCGAUGCGAGCAGCCGCCUAG